AAUACUAAUGUCUUGUGUGGUCCUCAAAAGUUUCUACGUGCUUGUUUUUCUUUACAUCUAUGUACUUGUUAACAGCUCUCAUUGGUUGUGUGCAUUGUUUAUUAAGAAGUGAAUUUUAUGAGAACUAAUUGUGCUAACAUGUUGGCACAGUAAAGGAUUGCUCUUGGUGCUUGUCUUAAAAGGUAUGGCUGAAGUACUUACUACUACUGAACUGAUCCUGUUGUUCAAUACAUUAUGUAUGGAUAACAUUUGAGUAAAUUUGUAAUUUUGUGUAAUCCUCUAGAUAUUCAUCAAUUUGUUGUUGCUUCAAACUCCAUUUUAUUAGGGUGCAGUGAGUCAUUUUUCAGCAGUGUCCUCUUAUUUUCAAAUCGAUCAACCACUUGCGCAAGUACAAAGGUCUUAAAUUUUGAUUUUUGCUAGAGUGAAGAGUUAAAUAUUACAACCAUGACAGCAAUUGCCAAUGCCUAAACUAACUGCAUGUCCAGACACUCAGGUAGGCUUUCUUUUGCAAACUAUAUUUAAUUAGUAUUUAUAAAAGGAUUCGUCUUUGUUGUUUCUUUUGCUUGUAGUUUUGUUUAGCCAUAGAGAAGAUGAGUCGGAGAUGGCUCCAAUUUCACUCUUGACUCCAUACAAAAAUAAAAGGUUCAAUCUUUCCACAGAGCUACAAGUGUCACAAGAGAGAAAGAGCAAGAGCAAGAGCUCAAGCAUCUGCAUCAACCUCGAAGCUAGUUCAAACUAGUGGGAGGUUGUGUGCUUAAAGAAAGCGAAAGAGAAAAAAUGGCAAGAGGGAAAGUUCAGAUGAGGAGGAUUGAGAACCCGGUGCACAGGCAGGUCACCUUUUGCAAGCGCCGUGCAGGGUUGCUCAAAAAGGCGAGGGAGUUAUCGGUGUUGUGUGAUGCUGAAAUCGGGAUCAUCAUAUUUUCGACACAUGGAAAACUCUAUGAACUUGCCACCAAAGGGAAUAUGCAAAGUUUGAUUGAGAGGUAUAAAAACAGUUGCGCCGAAACUCAAGCUGAAGGUGCUGAAACAAACCAAACUCAGGAGACAGUACAGGAAAUAUCAAAGAUGAAACAAGAAAUCGAUUUACUUCAGAAGGGAUUAAAGUACAUGUUUGGAGAGAGGACAAUGGGUCAUAUGACACUCGAUGAACUGCAAUCCUUAGAGAAGUACCUUGAGAUAUGGAUGAAUCACACCCGUGCGGCCAAGAUGCAAAUCAUGUUCAUGGAAAUUCAAGCACUGAAGAAUAAGGAGGGAAUUCUGAAAGCUGCCAAUGAACUUCUGCAAGAGAAGAUAUUGGAGCAAAAUGGAGUGUAUGAUGUGAGCCCAAUGAUAGCAGAUAUACAGUAUCCACUAACUAUACACAGUGACUCACUAACUAUACAGAAUGAAUUAUUUCAAUUUUAGCAGCUGGAGAAAUUUAUUAUGGUGCUGCUACUGAGAUGAUGCUGAUAAUAAUAAUAAUAAUAAUCUUGAGACUUUGUAGUCUAAGAAAUAAGUUGUAGUGUUGGUACUUUGUGAUCUCAGUUUGUGGUUUGCUGUUGUUUUUCUGCUGAACUUUUUGUGACAAAUUUGUUGUCUGAAGUCUUGUGAACA